AUGGUUUGGGGGUCUGCUGGUGGCUUCAAAUCUUGUGACAGUCUUUUACAACGAGUCCGAGACAAUGAUUCCAAAUUGACGUCGGUCGUAAUUUUGCCCAUGAAGACCUUUGGAGCGACGGAAGUCACAACGUUGGCCCAGAUUUUGGAAUCCGGCUUGAAUACCAAUUUGAAAUCCAUUAGUGCGUCAGGUCACAAGGUGCCACCGGAAGCUUUGGAGACAUUGGGCAAGGCGCUGGCAACCACUGGGGGACAAUAUGUCAAACAACUGUCCAUCGGGGAUGAAUCCAUGGGUGAUGAAGGUGUGGUGGCCCUGUUGCAGCCAUUGUUGGAAACUUGUCAUUUGGAACACGUGGAUUUUGGAUUCAAGAGCUUGUCUCCCACAGGCACCGCCAUGAUUGGGAAGGCUUUGGGAGCGAGUGGCUUGAAAAAGUUGGAAAUCUAUCGGAAUCCCACCAUUGGUGAUGACGGCAUGCUUGCGUUGGUAUCCAAUGCAAAAGACGCAGUCGAUUCAAAACAAGAUGACGAUGACGAUGAUGAUGAUGAUGCGCCACAAUUCAUAUUUUCCAGUUUGGAAUUUUUGGACAUUUCGGAAUGUGCGGUGGGUCCCAAGGGCAUGGAAGCAUUGACGAAGCGCCUGCUUUCAUCGUCGGAAGAAGAAGCUACAACAACAACAACAACAACAACAACAACAAAACCCACACAACAACGACCCAAAGCUAUGGAACUGAUUGCCAGUUUGAAUCCUCUGACUUCUAAAUCAGGGGCCUUGCUCGGAACACUGAUAUCGACGAAUACAUUGUGUAAACUCUCGGUCAAGAAAUGUCAAUUGGGAGACGAUGGAAUUUUGGCUCUCAUGGAGGCAGCAUCCUCGUCAUUGUCGGCGGUGGUCCUCCUUUCCUCUUUGGAUCUAUCUCAAAACGGUCUCACAACUGUAGGUGCCAGUGGCAUGGCAAGCAUUCUUCUCAAGGCAAAACAGCAACAGCAGUUUUCUUCUCUGACUGAACUAAAUCUAUCUGGAAAUCGAGACGUUGGCCCACAAGGAGUCGUGGAGCUUGCAAAGGCCUUCUCUUCUCCUGAUAAUAAUGUUUGCACCUUGGACAUGGGCUCGACCAGUUGUGGAAUAGAAGGCGCGGCAGCAUUGUUGCAAAAUUGUCCAUCCCUCAAGUCGCUACGAUUAUUUGACAACAACUUGCAAUGCGAGGGUCUGGAGAGCAUCGCCCCUCACCUACAAGGCGGUCACCUUACAUUGGAGCAUUUGGAUUUGGGAGGAAAUCGGGCCAAAGCACCAGCGGUGGCCACUCUGUUGAGUUCCAUCCUAAAGGAGAAUCCGGAUCCCAACUUUCUAUCUGUCUUGAAUACAGUAGAACUUGGAGGCAAUCAAGGAAGUGAUGAGGUGGAAGAGAUUAUAACGAGCAUGAGCAAAUCGAGACCCGAAAUAGAUGUGGCCCGAGACAAACCCAAAGCACAGCAGAACGACGAACAAGAAGGAGAAGGGAAUCUCUUUCAGAAUCCAAACACGAGCUGGGUACAACAUUAA